CAUACAUGGAUAGCUAGUGGGGCGCUAACUGGCAUGUGAAAGUGACGACAGAUGGGGAGCUUGUCGCAACACAGCUCGUUAAACUUGGUGUGCAACGAAACACGCAGAACUAUAUAUAUAUAGAAUCUACACCCUUCAUACGCUUGAACGGAACAAAUCCAUGCCGCGGUAAUGUCGUCUCUCCGCCGGCGUCUGCUCGGCGACCCGUCACCCACCUCUUCCACCGACGUAUCUCGAGAUGCCAGUCCCAUGCGCAACAUCGAGUCUAAAGAUCCUAAUGUCGCAGAGGACCUCCGUGCGAUUCCUGCAAAGCAGCUGGAAAAGCUAACGAAACAUGUGGAGAAGGCAAAGAAGGCCAAGGGAAGCAAGAGAAGGAACUUCUGGAUAUUUGGGCUGGGAGGGAUAUUUGGUUUGGCGAGUGCAGCUUUCUUUGCAGGAAAUCAGGAUAUGCUUGAUAUGGAACCUUUUAAAGAUUUGAGUCUUGAUAGCAUUAUGGACGUCCUUCCUGCGGGUCUGAUUAGCGACGCUAGAGAGCUGCAGAAACACGAACGGGAAGCCGUCAGCUACGACUCCUUCGCUGUAGGACUGCACGCCCAGACAGAAGGCAUAAAGGCCACACACCCCGUUAUUAUGAUACCAGGAGUCAUUUCAACUGGUCUCGAAAGUUGGGGUACUGAGACAGACUCCCGGCAAUACUUUCGAAAGAGGUUAUGGGGCAGUUGGAGCAUGAUGAGAGCACUUGUUCUGGAUAAGGCUGGCUGGAAGAAACAUAUAAUGCUGGACAAAGAGACUGGGAUGGACCCUCCAGGCGUCAAGCUUCGUGCGGCUCAGGGAUUCGAUGCAACGGACUUCUUUAUUACUGGAUACUGGAUAUGGAACAAGAUUCUGGAGAAUCUGGCUACUAUUGGAUACGAUCCGACGAACGCGUUCACUGCGGCUUAUGACUGGCGAAUGUCAUAUUUAAAUUACGAGACCAGGGACCAGUACUUCACACGACUAAAGACGCACAUUGAAAUAGGUGUACGCUUGUCCAAUAAGAAGGUGGUCCUUUUGUCACACAGCAUGGGUUCCCAAGUCCUAUACUACUUCUUCCACUGGGUAGAGGCCGAAGGCUAUGGCAACGGCGGCCCAGGCUGGGUGGAUGCUUAUGUUGACUCCUGGAUCAAUAUCUCUGGUUGCAUGCUUGGCGCAGUAAAAGGCCUGCCCGCUGUCCUCUCAGGAGAGAUGAAAGAUACCGCACAACUCAAUGCCUUCGCAGUCUACGGGCUUGAGAAGUUUCUCUCCCGCGCUGAACGCGCUGAGCUUUUCCGCGCCAUGCCUGGAAUAUCCUCUAUGCUACCCAUCGGAGGCGACGCGGUCUGGGGUAACUCAACAUGGGCCCCUGACGACCAACCAGGACAAUCACAGUCAUUUGGCCGCUUCCUCAACUUCCGCGACCUGAACCAGACUGGAACGCCGUCGCACAAUCUCACUGUCUCGGAAUCUCUUCCUUACCUUUUUAACCACACCGAGGAGUGGUACAAGAAGAUGAUCCAGACCUCAUACUCCCACGGCGUCGCCCAUACCCGCCACGAAGUCGAGCAAAACCAACUAGACCCCUCGAAAUGGAUCAAUCCCCUCGAAACCCGCCUCCCGCUAGCUCCAUCCCUCAAGAUCUACUGCUUCUAUGGUGUCGGCAAGCCCACGGAGCGCAUAUACUAUUACCGCAAUGACGGCGAUGCGCUGACCAAGAUCAAUGUUACUAUCGACACAGCAUACAACGACCCCGACAAAAGCAUCGAUCAUGGCAUUAUCAUGGGCGAGGGCGACGGCACAGUCAACCUGCUGAGCAGUGGAUACAUGUGCACAAAGGGCUGGAACAUGAAGCGAUACAACCCGGCUGGCGCAAAGAUCAGGGUGUACGAGAUGCCGCAUGAGCCUGAUCGGUUCAGUCCGCGCGGUGGGCCGAAUACGGGGGACCACGUGGACAUUCUCGGCCGCUCGUCUUUGAACGACCUCAUCUUGCGCAUCGCAGGCGGGCGAGGCGAGAUGAUAGCAGAGGACCACAUCGUCUCCAACAUCCGCGAGUAUGCCGCUAGAGUGAAGAUAUAUGAUGACGACGAGGGCCCAGAUAACAGGCCAGAACCAGAACCUGUAGAUCGGAAGAACAAGCCACUACCGAGUCCUGAGCCGACGGUUGACUCUGGCCCAAAGAUACCGGCCUGAAAGGAAAGGGUGCUGUAACGACUAACUGAUACAGGAGGGGUGUUUUCUAAUUAAGAUCUGCCUGCGAAGGUCGCUCGGGUGAUGAAGCUUUAUGAUACCAGUUUAACAUAGACGGAUUAGAUAU